GGCAACACUGCGAGAUGUAUCCCAAUGCAAAUCUACCAUGCACUCAGUUGCUCAGGGAACUCAAAGAAGUCGUUGUGCAUGCUAGCGCUGAGACUAUUACAACAGAUGUGUCGCUCUCGCCCUUCGACGGUGAUGAAUUAUCGAAAAUUCUGGACUUGAUCAACCAGCUUGGAGAGAAUAUCGGCGACACCUAUUCUAUCUGUGUCAUUGCCAGGUUUAUGCGAUAUUUCGUCCGAGCCAAAUUCUUCAACUUCUGCGGGCUCCCUGCUGCCCGUUUGGAUGCGGAUCAGACCGUUUACAAAAAGAAGAAGAGGAACAAGCUAAUCUUAGUUCUUUCAUGGACCUUCAACGUUGCAAUGUUCGGGGCCCCGCAGUCACACAUGGAAGAACUCCGACGAGUAUGGGUCGACCGUAGUAUCAACUCUCCGCGCUGGAAGAACUUUAACAGCAAGCUGAGCACUGAAUGGUCAAGCAUCACAAUAUAUUCAACUGUUAUGAUAGCUGUGGACGUCAGCUUUCUGGCUGUGCCUUCCGUCAGUUCCCAGAAUUCAGGUUCGGUCCCAAUUAUUAGCACAUAUCUUUCCAUUUUUUGUAUUGUUGGAUCGUUGGUUGUGUCCCUGUUUCUCACCCGACAGAAUCGGUUAUAUGGGCAAGAAUCUGCUGACACGGCGGUUGAUUUCCUCACGAAGAUGACAGGGUCCGCAUUUGGCACCAAAGCUGUAGCGACUGUGCAUGGUCUUCCGUACGCUAUGCUGUUGUGGGGCAUGCUGUAUUUCAUGCUCGCGUUCUCUUAUCAAGUCUUCACCUCUACGCCCACCUUGACGCUCGCGACCACUGGAAGCGCAUGCGGCCUUGUGGCGCUGUUCACGCUGUGGCUCAUAUACGCGGCAAGGGAUUUCCAUAUUUCAACACGAUUUCUUGAGUGGCUCCGGGCUUCCAUUUGCAAGGCAAGAGACCCGAAUACAGCGUGACAGCUGAUAUGGCUCAAUACCGGCGUACAGGCUGCUACGUGUCCAGGGUGAUGUUACGAGGUUGAUUAUCGAACCUGUCGUGUGUUCAGACAGGCUUAGGUUUCGCAGGUCAGGACAUUUAUUACAGUGCCAGUCAGCUCUGGCCUACAAUUAAUAGCCGCUCCACGUCACCGAUCUCCCAUUCGAUAUCAAAGUUUGACGACUAUCGAAGUCUUAUUGUUCAUUUUGAAUAUGUACCAUUUCAGUCGA